AUGUCCCUACGAACUACUCUGGCCUCGAGUAGUCUGUAUGGCUUGGUUGAUAUGGGGAGAUUCACCGUCUCACAUUUUCAUUCUCACACUUUGCAAUCUCAAAUUCUCAUUCUCCAUCCUCGUGGUAGCAACGGCAUCCGCUUCUCCAUCACCAACCUGGACCCCUCGACAGCCCGAUCUCUACCGACGGUCUACACGGACCGCGAAGGCAUCUCGCUCUACGAUGCACAAUAUUUGAGGGGAUUCAAGGGCCCCAUUCCCCAGGACGUUAUAGACGACGUAGUCCGAUCGUUGCUCAAGUUCAAAGCUGUCUGUGCCGACUUCGAUGUCCCGGAACCAAACAUUCGCAUCCUCGCGACCGAGGCGACUAGGAAUGCCGUCAACAGUGAGGAUUUCAGACAACAGAUCAAGCGUGAUACCGGAUGGGAGGUGGAUAUGUUGCCCAAGGAGGCCGAGGGGAGGAUAGGAGCCUUGGGUGUGGCGAGUAGCUUCAGUGAGGUUGAAGGCUUGGUGAUGGAUCUAGGUGGAGGAAGUACACAAAUAACGUGGAUGCUUUCGCGAAACGGAACCGUCGAAACCAGUCCCCGAGGCAGCAUAAGUUUCCCUUAUGGCGCCGCCGCCCUGACACGACUUCUAUCUGAGCUCUCACAGCCUCAGCAAAGCUCGAGCGGGUCAGCGUCACCCCUAAGUCUAUCUUUCAACAGUCUGAACCUGUUCAAGUUCAAGUCGAAUAGUUCCCCUUCAGCUUCUCCUCUCGAGCCACCACUUCCAACGUCAAUAGAAAACCUUGAGCAAACGAUGAUCUCCCAAUUCCGGCAAGCGUACGCAGAUUUGUACGGCGACAUGCCCGAGGCGCUCCGUUACAAGGCCAAGCACGGCGGUCUAACGCUGUAUCUGUCCGGCGGAGGGUUCCGAGGCUGGGGUUACUUGCUCAUGAGCCAACACAAAGUCAAUCCGUAUCCUAUUCCGAUCAUCAACGGUUUCAGUGCGGCGAAGCGGGAGUUUCAACAAACACGGGAGAUCAGCGCCGUGGCAGCGGAAGAGAGUGCGUUCCGAAUAAGUAGACGGCGGGCUGCCCAGGUUCCAGCCGUGGCCUUUUUAGUGAACGUACUCGUCGAGGCAGUACCGGUAAUCACGAACGUGAGGUUCUGUCAGGGCGGAGUGAGGGAAGGAUUCCUGUUUGACACUCUGAGCCGGGAAGUCCGGGCCCAAGAUCCCCUGGUGGCUGCGACACAGCAGUUUGCGGGUACGAGUGCUGACGAGAUUGGAGAGACGCUCUUCAGCGCCAUACCCGGGGAGAAUAACCUCAACAGAGAAGUCCCGGGGACAAUCGGGGGGCGCACACUGGCCAGGGCCGUCGCGGGUCUGAUGUUCUUGGGGACUGUCAUCGGCAACAAAGAGUCCAGAAGUGUAGGUGCAUUGUGUCUACCCAUUACGGGCGUCCUGGCUGGCGCUCAUGGCGUAAGCCAUUCUCAGAGGGCGCUUCUAGCUCUCGUGCUGUGUGCGAGGUGGGGAGGGGACUUGCCGCCUCCGUAUGACGAUCUGGAGAGACGGUUGCAGGGCCUAUUGACGAAGCAGGAGAUUUGGUGGGCAACGUAUUUGGGCCGGGUAGCCGGUCUGGUCGGCGCUGUGUAUCCCGCUGGACGAAUCGGUUCGAAGAGAAGAUUGAAGUUGAAGGCGUACUGGUCGGAAGGGUUGGGUAAGAACGGACUGGCGCAGGGAGUGGUGUUGGAAGUCAAGUGCACGAAUGACGAUGUCUUUACGGAUCCAGACGUUCUGAGGCCGUUGAUUGACGAGGUUGAGAAGUUGGGAAAGAAGAAGAACAAGGCCGGUGGGCCGCACGGUGGGUUUGGUGUGCCCAUUGAUAUCAGGAUUGAGAGGGUGUUGUCAUUGACAUGA